CAGGUGAGAACCAAGGGCUGCAGAAAGCACCUUUAUUCUGAGGUUUUACGGCCUCCUAAACAUGCUUGACAGCUUUAGGUGGAACCAAAUUACAGUCCCUCCAGUGUUUGUGGAUCGGGGGUGUUGACAGGCUCGAGCACGGCCAACGAGGCUGUUGGACAGAGUCAGGGCGAAGGUAUGCGGGGGCUUGGAGAGGCACCGAGAGGAAAGCAGAGGGGAAAGAUUUCCUCUCGGACAAAAGCCAAGGAACAAUAUCGCACUGAGGAGAGACCCCGUCCUGCUGGGUGGUCAUUCUACACGGUGCUCCAGGGGCUGCCCUGAGUGCCCUGCCAGGCGACUGACAAAGGACCUGGAGUUCCCCCUUGAUAGCAAGAAAUCCGCUGUCCCAGAGUCACGGGGGUGGCGUGCACAAAAGAAAUGCAGGUGCAUUCGCUCCGUUGAAGGGUGACGCAUCGUUUAGAGCACUGGGAAAAGAGCAGCCAUUUACUCAAGGCUGCUACAGUGUAUUGUGUCUGUGGUGUAUUUACAGGUUCCAUUUCCAGUCAGCACCACUGAGGAAAAUGGAUGUUUAUGUGAAAGCAGAACCCCCUGAAUCACAGUAGGUGGAUCUCUACUAUUGACUGGAAGCUCGUUUGUCCACAAGGAUGUGACUAAUAACUGGACAGAGUGUCAGGCGGUACAGUGUUAGAGGCGUGUGGGGAUGAGAAGGGAGCACAAUGAGCCAGAGAUGCUGCACAAGGAAAAGCUUCAGGACCUGACCUUCAGAACUCAGGGGAAACGUAAACAAUCGCUUCAUCUAAUCAUCUGUGCAAAUUGAAAACGCUCACAUUCCCAGAAUGUGGUGUAUUAAGACGUCAGCGAACAGAAGGAUUUUAUUUCCAUUUACCUGAGAGAUGAAGCUGUUCUUUUUACACAAACCCUCAAAGUUAAAGUCUUUGUCAUUGUUUCUUGAUUUAUAACUGUCUUAAUGCUGAUUUGAACAGUUUGGUCUCGGUUUUUGACCGCACCUCAAUUUCUGGCUUCGGUUUGUGGCUCUUUGUGACUUUUAAUCAUUCUUCUUCGGCUCCACAAACAAUUAGCUGCGAGUUGUGAAGCAGUCGUUUUCCGCCCUCUUUCAUCCCCCACGCUGUCUCCUCCGCUCAGUUGCCUUCUUCUAAUGAACACCAGCAUCCAGCUCCGCGAGCAGUUCGGUCCCUUCUGCCUCUCGCUACGCAGAUGCUCAUUAUAAAAUGGAUCUGUCAGCUUCCACUUUGGGUGAAUUAACAUCUUAAGCCGCUCGGCUCGCGCUCUCCGCCCCUCCGCGAACCACUGGUUGGGGCCCAGAAAGAGGCGAGACGACGGGGAGAACAAAAUAGGUCCCGUACGCACACGUGCAGGCGAGAGCGGGCGAUGAUGAUGCGGCCGUGGACUCAAAGCUGUACAGCCACAGGUGGAGGAGGUGGGUCCCCCCAAAACCCCGCAACAUGGACACCAACCGGGCGAGUCAGGAACAGAGCCGGGACGCGGAGGAGCCCGACGGCUUUCCAGGACUGCUGUCCACGGAGGAGGCGGACAACAGCUCCCAGAUAGAGGAAGACACCGAUCACAACUACUACACAUCGAAGAUGUAUGGCCCGUCAGACUCCAUGAGCAGGGACCUGUGGGUGAAUAUUGACCAGAUGGACAAGGAGAAAGUGAAGAUCCAUGGGAUCCUGUCCAACACACACAGACAAGCCGCGAGAGUCAAUCUGUCCUUCGAUUUCCCUUUCUACGGACAUUUGCUGCGUGAAAUCACUGUGGCGACCGGUGGGUUCAUCUACACGGGCGACGUGGUCCACCGGAUGCUAACCGCCACCCAGUACAUCGCUCCUCUGAUGGCCAACUUUGACCCCAGCGUCUCCAGAAACUCUACUGUCAUUUACUUUGACAACGGGACGGCUCUGGUGGUGCAGUGGGACCACGUCCACCUGCAGGACAACUACAACCUGGGGAGCUUCACCUUCCAGGCGACGCUGCACAACACAGGCCGGAUUGUGUUUGCCUACAAAGAGAUCCCCGUCGAGGUGUCACAGAUCAGCUCUGUCAAUCACCCGGUGAAGGUGGGCCUGUCUGACGCCUUCGUGGUGGUCCACAAGAUCCAACAGAUUCCCAACGUGAGGCGGAGGACGAUCUACGAGUACCACCGCGUGGAGCUGCUGAAGACGAGGAUCACCAACUCCACGGCCGUGGAAAUCACGCCGCUGCCCGCCUGUCUGCAGUUCACGAGCUGCGGCGCCUGCGUCUCCUCGCAGAUCAACUUCAACUGCAGCUGGUGCCAUCGGCUCAACAGAUGCUCCAGUGGCUUCGACCGCCAUCGUCAGGACUGGGUGGACAACAACUGCCCGGACGAGACUAAGGACAAGACGUGCGACAUCGCCGACACCACGCACCCCUUCCCGCCCUUCACCACCGCCGUCGCCGCCGCCACCAGAACCACGUCCAGGAGCAGAGAGGCCACGGCGGGCAGAGACGCGGCCUCCACCUCCCACCCCCCCACCAGCGCCCCCACCGAAGACGACACAAAGAUCGCUCUGCAUCUCAGAGACAACCAGGCACUGCCAGCGGAGAGCGCUGUAGACCGGAUGCCGGGCUCCCACCCUCUGCACACUGGUCUGAUCCUCAGCAUCCUCCUGGUGAUGCUCAUCAUGGUGGCUGCUGUGCUGGUCACGGUCUACGUCUACACCCACCCCACCUCUGCCGCCAGCCUCUUCCUCAUCGAGAGACGUCCUAGCAGGUGGCCGGCCAUGAAAUUCCGCCGGGGGUCGGGUCACCCGGCCUACGCCGAGGUGGAGCCGGUGGGCCAGGAGAAGGAGGGCUUCAUCGAGUCGGAGCAGUGCUGAGGCAGGCGGGGGCCCUGGCAUCCCCGCAGCCCCCUCCUGGGCCGCCCCCCCUGCCCCACGGGGACGUCUUGUCGGGGGCCCCGGGAUCUGUGGACGCGGCCCAUCGAGCGCUAAACGAGACUGGAAACAGCGGCCAGUGAUAUGAGGAAGUGAGGAAGGGGCCGGUAGCCCGCUGUCAGUGGGACGUGGCCUGGCAGAGGGAGGUCGGGCAGCGUUUGAGUGGCUGAGGACCUGUUCAGCCUGACUUCCUGACUGCUGCGGCGUCUGAGGGGGGAGCGGGGCCAAUUAUACAAUAUAUAUUUUCAGAAACAAUACAGAGUAUGUGAACAGAGAUUUCCACUUUCUCGGCAGUGGUUAUACAUUAGAGGCCUUCGUAUAUAUGCCCAUCAGGUGUGACUUCUCUUCCGUUUUGCUUUGAGCGUGUGGGUUUUUACAGGUUGGUCGGCAUCGGCUGCGGCGUCGCUCUUCGACGCCCCCGCAGGCUGGAUCCACGGCUCCACAGCGCUCUGCACCGGCAUGCAGGCGUGUGAGACGUGAGCUGCGAGUCGAGCUCUGAGCAGACCCGCCUUGGUGUUGGAUUAAGAUGCUUCUAGUUCCUUUAGAAUAGUUUUUUUUUUAUUUGACCUUUUUAUCCUGCUCUUUGUUUAGUUUGGUUCAUUGAUUCCUUCAUCCUUUUAUUUCUGGCUCUCCUUAUUACAGCUGUGCCAUUUUGUUCCGGACUUGACUUUGCACUUUUUUUUUCCACGCACAUUUAUAUAUUUCUUUUUCCUCAUUUGACAUGUGAUACUAAUGCAAAAUACAAGACAGGCGCUUGUGAGUGUCAGUAUAUUUUCUAGAGUGUACGUGAUUCCUGGGUGAAUGUGAGAGCGUGAGUGUGAAGAGCGUUGGUGACGGGACGUCCACGCGUUCCGGGGAUCGACGUAUGGAUCGGUGUUGGGCUCCACCUAGUUAGCUCCUAUGGAUUUGAAUCUGGCAUAUUUGUAAACAGUUUGUGACACUGGUCCGGUCGGAGUCUUUCGUUUUGUUCUCCUCUUCCUGUAUGUUGCCCGCCUGCUGCCCGUGUCCACGCUCAGCAGCUCUGGCUCACCCGCCUCAACGCAUACAUGUAAAUACCGAGGCCAAAACAUUUGCAGAUUCAGGUAACUCACGGCAAACAUUUGUAGUCUAGCAGUAAAUGUAGUACUGAAAAGCUUUUUUAAUUUGACGAGUGGCCUUUUUUCUCAACUUUUUUACUUCAAUGUGAAUGAUGUCCCAGUCAUUGCUGUCACUGAUCAACACAAGGCUUCAGACUGAACUAAUUAAUUUUUAAUGUUCAAUAUUAUUCCACGAUGAACCACGUUUAACGCCAAUGAUUGUAGACACGUCGUAGAGACACUAUGAUAAUCCUGGAAUCCUACUGAGAAAUAAAAAGUGCAAUAUGACACGUAUUCAGUUUGACACUGACAGUGGAUACAAAUACUAGUAGCUGUUUUGUUUUUAUUCACACAUUGAGACCAAAGAUUGUUGAGCAGUGUGACCACAGUCGCUGCACCUCACCAUAGUUACAGCCACACAUCUAAGAGUCUCCUCAGUCAGCAGCAGCUGUAACUGAGGUGUCCAAGACGUUUUAAGAGCUCAUUACUAACACAGCAACACAGGUGAGCACUGCUAAGUCCCGCCCCUCAAACAGAGACUGUCCAAUCAUAGUAUUUAUUUUGUUCUGUCUGCUAAUGGUUACAUUUAGAAAACCCUAUUUUAGCCUCCAUGCUUCAGUUUAGGUAAUAUUUAGCAACCAACAAGGAAAAACUAAGAACAAUAAACCUCUGAAGCGCUGAUUUGAUACACACACACCACCCAGGGGGGGGGGGCUGGCUAACAGCUGACUCGUUUUAUUAAAAUGCAAAUGAAUCUCCUCAAUAUAGCAACUUUAAUUAACACAUCAGACAUAAGGUACACACCCAAAGAUUGCACACAGCUACGCUCAUGUCCCUGCUACAACACAGGCCACAGAGGAACGAAGCAGAGGCUUAGUUUAGCGGCGCUAGGUUGAUCCCUGUGGAGAAAUGCUUCUUUUAGGAGCUUGGAACAUCGUCUUGUUGCUCACUGCCACCUGAAACUGCAAGUGUUUUCACAACCCACUGUCAAAAUGCAGUCAGACAGUGGCUGACGGUUGGAUUUGUACAUGUUAAAAACUAAAUCCACGACUCGGAUCGUAAAAACGAGAGCUGAUCAGCAAAGUCUUAACGUGCUUUCAUUGGACUAAUUGCUUUUACAGUCUGUUUCACAUGAGGAGAGGCGGCAUCAUGGUGAUGGUUCAUGGUGCUCUGUGCUGUGCUUCGUUCUUUGACUCCGGAACUGGAUUAAACAAUGAUAAAUCAAUGACUUGUUGACGACUGCCAGAGCUCAGUAAAGAAAAAUAGAACAUUUCACAAUAAUGACCUUGAUUGUUUCUUUUGUUUAGACCAUAUCAUGGCAUGAAAGAGCACACAAGACUCAAGAUCACACAGUAUCAUAGCUGUCUGUAAAUUCUGUAACUACUGUUGUUUUGAUUACAUUUGAAAUAAUAAACAAUGUUGUUAAAAUA